UCCCAGCCAUUGCCAACGUUACCUUCUCCGAAGUACCUAGGUUUCUAGCAUGCCUUCUUUCCCCGUCCAUUAAUUCUCCUUGCCCUUUCCUUAUCGGUUUUAGAAAGGAGAAUUCGCGCCUCGGUUGCUCUUCAUAGAAGGACAUGAUCACCCCCGCACAUGUGCCUCGAAGCACAUCUAUAAUCUCCAGGUCGCUAUACAUCAGCCGGCAAGGACUUACCCGACGCUCCGUCGCGGCAGGUUCUUCGACUUCACCUUCACGACCUACUACAAGGUGCUUCCAUCUAGGUCAAUCUAUUGUCAGAAAGACCUCACCUAUCGCUCAUACCAAGGGGGUCUUUUCAUCGCGCAGUAUGUCAUCGCAGAGCGGCAAUCAAAAGCCGAAACCGAAGCCAUCGGCGCCUAGGCCGAGUUCAAGUGUCAUUCUGGUCUCUCCAAAGAAUGAGAUUCUCCUGCUUCAUCGCGUCAAGACAUCCACGUCAUUUGCCUCGGCUCACGUCUUCCCCGGCGGAAACCUGUCGGUUCAGGAUGGACCAUGUCCGCCCGUCGAGGACCUGAAAAGGCACGACGAUGGUCCCUGGUACCGGCAGGCCGCACUCAGGGAGCUGUUCGAAGAAAGUGGAAUCCUCUUGGCUAAGAACCAGACCUCCGGCGACAUGCUGACUGUCCCGGAGGAGACACGAGAAAAGGGCAGACGGUCUAUUCAUCAGCAAGAGGUCACUUUCUCGGACUGGCUGAAGGGGUUAGAUCCUGCAGCUGUCCCCGAUACAGAGCGGCUGAUCCCGUUCACGCGAUGGAUCACCCCGACGAAUGUGCCCAGGCGAUACUCCACGCAGAUGUACCUUUAUUUCUUACCUCUGCCUCUCGAAUCCGACAAAUCACUCUUGAAUGAGAUUCCUGCGGAAGGAGAGCGAGAGGAAAUCCAAGUGCCUACGAGCGAUGGCGGCAUUGAAGUCACCGAGGCCAGAUUCUUGCCGGCUUCGGAAUGGCUUAGCAUGGCUAAGCAGGGCGAGAUCAUGCUUUUCCCGCCCCAGUUUCUCCUUUUGCAUCUGGUGUCGCAAUUCCUAGACAAAGAGCCUCGUACAGGAACCUCCAUAGACGAUUUGAAGCAGCGACGGACUCAACUGGUCGAGUUCGCACAUUCGGGUACUCCCCCAUGGACCGAAAAGUGCAUAUCUCCUAAAAUGCUCAAAAUGACAUCCGACAACCGCACAGUCCUGGCCCUGGAUCAUCCUGGACCGGAAUUGAAAGACAGCGAUAGACGAGGCGAGUCCGACCGAGUUGUGUUGGUACGGUUCUCGAAAGGAACCGCUCGUCAGCUGGAAGUGCGGUUGAAGAGGGAGGUGCUCUCGGGCGAGGGGGGAGAUAAAUCACAUCUCUAAGACAUCCAGACGUUACACCAGUCAUGUAUAUACCCUAGACACCGAAGAAGUCAC